CUACUCUGAGUGACUAUGGACAACCUAUCAGCUGUCGGCCCUGGUAUUAUACAGUCAGCUUAUGAGAGACCACCGGUUUUUUGAGACGCGACGACUGAAUUCAAACCAGGGGUCAAUUUCCUGACUAUGGCACAGCCACUUUUAACAUCGCCUUCAUCAUACUCGUCCUCAUGCUUUUGAUCUUUCUGGGGCUGAUAUUCUGGGACAUCGGCCGCAAAUGCCAUACCGGUGAGUUCCAUGAGAGCAUGCGAGAUUUAGGCAACAACCUCUGGGCUAUGAUCCGAGCACUCACUUGUCAUCUCAUCACGACCCCCCUUGCCAUCAUCCGCAUACCAAAGAGCACAUAUCAUUGACUCGCCAUGAGAUCGCAGCAGCGCAUGGUGGGAAGGGCAAAUAAGG